UGGUAACCGCUAUAAAAGAAAAGAAGAAGAACUGGAGCCCCCGUCGCAAACUUCCGGUCUAAUGCUCACGUGACGCUUCUUCCUGCGUUCCUCACAAUGCUAAUGCCUGAACACUUUCUCUGUUGUCUUUUUCAUUGGAGAUAUGCCGGUUAUUUGACUAACUCCACACUAAUUUGGGGAUUUUCUAUGUUCUUUUUUCUUCUUAAUGUAUAGCUUCGCGGUUCUUAAUGUCUGUGGCUAAUAGCUGCUAACAAGAUGUCGGAGUCGGCUCCGUCUUCUUCAUGUGUUCCCUCGGAUAACUCCCCGUCUGAUCAACAUAAGCAAAUAUCGCGAGACCUCGUGUGCACCCUGGAACAGUCGAGUGAAAAGGAUACAAGCAGUGAUUCAGGUGACAGCUUCUUCAUCACUCAGAAAUGUAAACCACCCAACGUGAGAUCAUCAGAGCCUCAAUAUGACACCUUCAGCGCAGAAACGGGAGAAAAAACGAUCAAGAGAUCCUACACAACACCAAGGUUCAUCUUUCGUUUUAUCAAGAAGAGGAAAAAGACUAGGUUAUCUUAUUAUCAGAGCACAAAACUGCAUUACUAUGCAAUGGGAGGUUACUUCAAAUGUGUGGAGAAGCUCUGGAAGGGUUACCAAACAGGAGAAGACCUGCUGGCAUCUCUGCCAACCCUGGACAUGGAUGGAGAGACCAUAUCUCCACUGUCAGAAGAAGACGAUGAAACCACAGAGGAUAAAGACUUCAAAGUGGUGGAGAAGAAACGCUAUGUGGCAUCUACCGGAAAAACCUCCCAACCUUGGUACACUCGAAAAGAGAGAUCCAACGAGAAAGGGCCAUGUACAAAAAAACCUAACGAUGCAGGAUACAGAACACAGCGAGGACGGGGAAAGGCGACGCGUAGAAUAUCGACUUGGACGCCCUUGUCGAUGGGAACGUCCUCUUCUAAAUCGAAGGAGUCGGACAAGGACUCAGAAGAGUCGGAGUCAGGACUUAAACUUGUGACGAAGGCUGGAGGUCUCCCUGCUGAAACGGAAAUGACUGUAUAUGCGGAAGAAGGAAACAGAGCGAAGGGUCCUCAUCAAAACGAAAGUGGAAAGAUGCCCAAUAACGACGGCGAUGCUACAGAUAGCGGCGCACGCAUGAAGCAAUGCAACAGAGAAGUAGCAGAGCCUCAUAUUAUAGGGCGCAAACAAAGCAGUUUGGGAGGUGAAGAUAAUACAGAUCGUUUCAUAAUUGUUACAAAGGAGAGGACAAAAAAGAGAGGAGGGGAUGAUUAUGUAGAUAAAGGAAAGGGUCAGCAAGAGGAGAAUAAACAUGAAAGAAAAGAUCUGAGACGGGAGGAGAGGGGACAAUCAGAGGAUUGGAGUGAGGAUGACUUUGUUAGGAUCACUGAAACUAGUAUAAGUAGUCAGGAUAGGAGGGAAGAGAUGGACGCCCUAGAGACCAGAGAAGCCGAUGGUCGACAUGUUCCAAAGAAAAAAAGGAAAAAAACAUUUAGUUCUUCAAAUCUGCAUCAAACACAAACAGAACACCUAGAGGCAAUAGAUCAGUCAGAGCAUGAAGAAUCUGCUGAGAAAGCACAAGAAUCUAUAGGCUCGAAAAGAAAAAAGCACAAAAAGCAGAAACACCAGUUGCCUUCUGAUGAAAAUCAGACUGAUGCUGCAGCUGUGGUGGAAAAUACAAACUUUACUGUUAAAAAGAAGAAAACUAAAAGAGUGUCAGAGUUGAUCCAAAUUCCUGAAGAAGGUGAAAGCGUUGACGAUACUCUGAAAGAAAAGCAAGAUGUUGAGCUGGAGAACAGAUGGAGGAGCUCUUCCUUCCUUACUGCUGAUCAAGAGGAAGAAGUCGACCAGCUUCAUGAGGAACAGCUCCCUCCCCUGCAGUCUGCAUCUGCUCAUACGGGUUGUUCUAGAAAGCCUGAGGUCAGCAGCGAAUCAGCAGAUGGUCCUGAACAUGUGCUAGAAUCAGGAGGGGGCAAGAAGAAAAAGAAGAGGUCAGCAAGAGUCCUGGAGAGGGAGGAAAGCGAGGCAGAGGAAACAUCCGAGGCAGCGGUCAGGAAGAAGAAACGCAAGAGAAACAAAAGCCUCAUGGGAACUUUGGAGAGCGUUUCUGAUGAGGGGCAUUCUCAACUCUCAGCUUUGGUUAAGAAGAAGAAGAAACAAAAAGGCACACAGGAGGUCCCCCCAUCUGCCGCUGAGCCAGCUGAAUCUGAAAACUCCUCUCCUAACGUCUGCAGCUCACUUCAUACCAGUCGAAAGCUGUUCACGACACCAGAGGGAAAACACAGCGAAACAUCUCAUGUUUCCGGUGUAUCUACUGAGAAACGGGUCCCAGAACCUCUAACUGAAGGUGCUUCAGGUCCUCAAACAUCUGGUCAUGUAAUAAAGAGGAGUAAGAAGAAACAUGCUGACAGAAAUGAUCCUAAUUGGAAAUCAUUCCAUGAAACUCCAGAUACACAAACCAAAGAGGACAGAACAAAGCCACAGAAUGGUUCCAUGUCCACUCAGUCUAAAAGCUUUCCAGGACUCCAGGAGUCCUCCUCUCUGUGUAACAAGAGGAAAAAAGAAGCUAAAGCUAAAAGAAGACUUCAUAAUCCAGAUGAGGACUUUCUCUCAGACCUAAACCCCUGAUCACAUAUGAAAUUUAUUACAUUUUAUUGUAAAUAGUCAUCAGUUUUAGGUUGACAACUUUCAAACCUUUGGAUUUUUAAUUCAUUGUUUUUUAUAAUUAAUUUUGUUUCAUAUGGAAGCAUUUUUAACAGAAGUAUUUAUAAGACACAAUGUUGACCUGUUGAUGAGAA